AUGGCAGCAAAUAUUUCAAUCGACAAUGAUGAUUCAAUUUUUGUUUCUUCAACUAACAAUUAUACAUCUCAAAAUCCACAACCAAUAAUAACAACAUUACAACAAGGUAAUUUUCGUUCCUUGCUUCGAUUUCGGAUCGAUGCAAGUGAUUCAACAUUAGCAAGUCAUUUAUCUACAGCCAGCAAAGCUGCCACGUACAUUUCGAAAACGACACAAAAUGAACUUAUUGAAAUUUGUGGUAAUUUUAUUCGAGAACACAUAAUUAAUGAAAUCAAACAUGCUAAAUUUUUCACUGUUAUCGGCGAUAAAACAACUGAUGUAAGUAAUAUUGAACAAUUUACAUUUUGUCUUCGAUAUGUAUUUGAAGACAAGGUUCAAGAGAAAUUCAUUAGUUUUCUGCCAGCCGAAGAUCGAACUGGUGAAGAUUUGGCUCGGCUAAUUCUUGAAGAAUUAACAAAUCUUGGUCUUGAUCCAAAUUUUAUGGUUGGCCAGGCAUAUGAUGGAUGUUCAGCAAUGUCUGGACAAUUUAAUGAGUCUAUUACUUUUUAUGAAGCUUAUUUACCAUCACCAAGUUCAAUACAAGAAGAAUUCAAACUGUAUCAACGAAAAUGGUUGAAUGAAGCACCAGCUGAUCGUCCGAACAAUGCUAUUGAUGCUUAUAUUAAAUGUAAUGGCAUUUUCUUUCCCAAUAUCAAAGUUCUAUUACAAAUUUAUGCGACACUACCAGUGACAACAGCAACGGGCGAACGGAGCUUUUCAACAUUAAAAUUAGUAAAAUCAUAUCUUCGAAGUACAAUGAGUGAAAGUCGCUUGAACGGAUUAGCAAUGAUGAGAAUUGAAAUAGAAUUUGUCGAACGUGCUGGUUAUCUCGAUUUGCGUGUGUCACUUCCACCAGAUCUCGCAUAG